AUGGGGCGGUCGCGGAGAAAGUACAAGCAGUCGCGAGCGAAGGUGCGAUGUGCACUCCCCAAGAAGAAGCCUGGCGUCUUCAAGCCGGCGUUCGCCAUUCCGCGGGAGCUCCUCGCCGGCGCCGGGAAUGGCGACGAGGAGGCGGGUAAGAGGAAGUGGGACGAGAAGGCCAGCGUCAUUCAGAACUACCGCAACUUCGGCGUCGUCGCCAACCCUAAUCUGCUCGGAGUUCGGUUCCGUACUCCGCAGGUCGUCCUUUGCCCCUCCCUACAGGUACCUUCCUCGGGUGCCGGCAACGGCAGGGGUCCGAUCUCCGAGUUCGAUCCCAUCGACAGCGGCAGCGACCUAGAAGCCGACGGUACGUUCUUCGACAUCUCUGUAUGGGCAGGCAAUCCUUGGAGACUAGGGAUUCACAGCAUCGUCUGGGGGUUGCUUGUUCAGAUCUUAAGUCGGCGCUGGGGAAGAAGAGGAGAGAUGGGAAGAGCGCCCCGGUGCAGCCGCUGACGACGAUCCAGCGGGUCCACAUCGCCCGGCUCAUAGCCAAACACGGCGACGACUACCAGGUACGGGCACCCCCGCUGCUCCAUCUUCCCUCUCAGAUUCCGACCUCGCGAGUAGAAGUCGGUCGGGUAAUCCAUUUCUGCGCGUCCACAGGCGAUGUCCUUGGACAUCGAGUUGAACGCGAUGCAGCACACUGUGGCUGAGCUGAAGAAGCUCUGCCGGAGAUUCAACGUCCGCAGCGGCAGGCUAGCCCGCGCCAUCGAGGAGCGUAACCCUAGCGCCGCCCUUCUUGAGCGGGAGUAG